GAAAGAAGAAGAGCAAACUGUUCAGCCAAUCACCGGUUUUUAGCUGUUUUGUUAUUUUUUGUGACUCUUUCAGCACGUCUUGUGCGCUUCCUGUCAGAUUUACGGACGUGUUUAAACACACCGCGGCAGUAAACUAUGACCUUCGCUGGGCCGGUGUGGCUGGCGGUGCAGGAGGAGCUGCUCGGACACCGAGAGGAAGACUGCGGGAGUCCGAGCUGUUUCGAUCAUUUCGACGAGGAAGCUUUGUUCCAGAUGUUCCACCUGACCAGACCCUGCAUCGCCUUCAUCGCUGACGCUGUCCGCAUCCGCAUGAGGACUGUCGCCCUGAAGAAGCCGCUCAUGUCCGUGGACGCGAUGGUCAUGGUGGCGCUCAACUAUUACGCACACGGAGUCUCCACCGCCGAAGUCCUGCAGAGAGUCGGACUGACCCAGACCGACUGUCCCACCGCUGUCGUCGGCACAGUCUCCGGAGUCAUCGCCGGGAUGUCCGACCAGUUCAUCUCAUUCCCGCUGACCAGCGACGCCAGAGUCAGUCUCGCAGCCAAGACUGAGAAGCUGUGCGGGAUCCCCAACGUGCUGGGAGUUCUGGCUCCGGCGCACUUCAAGAUCAGAGCUUCUCCAUACGAGAAGGACACGUUCAGGUCGUUUGUGAACACCGAGGGUUACACGUCGGUCGUCAGUCAGGUCAUAUGUGACUCCGAUGGCAACAUACUGAGUGUGGAGAAGUGUUGUGUGGGCAGCACGUGUGAGCAGGAAAUGUGGGAAUCGUCGUUCAAGGGAAGGCAGAUGGAGGAGGAACUGCAAGGAGCAUUCUGGGUUGUUGGUGGGACUGGCUACCACUUAAGCAAACAUGUUUUGACUCCUGUGUCGGGACCUGCAAAUGACAAAGAGAUCCGCUUCAACGUGGCCCACAACAAGAUCCACAGUGUCAUGCGGACAACGCUUGGCUCCAUGAAGAGGCGCUUCAAGUGUCUGAUGCAGCUUGGUUUUGCACAAGAGGGUUCUUUGAAUAAAAAGUCAAACAUUAUCAAGGCAUGCAGUGUGCUGCACAACAUCGCUAAAAAGUUCUCUGUCCCUCCUCCACCCUCAGCUGGUAAAAUUGAGCCCCUGCAUCCAGGCAAGCAGCCUUCGGUGCCGGCAGAGAUCAGCGCUGAGGCCCUAAAAGCCAGACAGCAAGUUAUUGAUGAUUACUUCUCCGUCGUUUCCAGUAGUCAGGACACAAAGACUAACACCACAGAGGAGGACGUGUGAGCAGAGUGGUUGUGUUGACCUGCUUGCAGAAGCAAGCAAAGAGGAUCAUUGACACACUAAGAACAAACGCUGGAACUAAGAAGGAAUUUGCUGUUGUGGUCUGUUCAGUUUGACAGUCCUCUUUUUUUGACUUGGUAAAAGCACAUUCAUGUAUUUUUGUGAAUACAAAAUAUUUUAUUUCUU